UUCUCCCUCAUCGCUCCUAUCCACACAUCUCUCAGUCUCCAUCACGUACAUACUCUCAAUAAUCUUUGAAUUUGUCCACUAAAAGAACAAGGAAUUGAACAAAAAAUGGGAAGAUCUCCAUGCUGUGAUAAGAAUGGGCUCAAGAAAGGUCCUUGGACCCCUGAAGAAGAUCUCAAACUCAUCCACUAUAUUCAACUUCAUGGUCCCGGCAACUGGCGAACUCUACCUAAGAACGCCGGGCUUGAGAGGUGUGGGAAAAGCUGCCGUCUUCGUUGGACGAAUUAUCUUAGACCUGAUAUCAAGAGAGGGAGGUUUUCAUUUGAAGAAGAAGAGACUAUCAUCCAACUCCAUAGUGUUCUUGGAAACAAGUGGUCGGCCAUAGCGGCGCGCUUGCCGGGGAGGACAGACAACGAAAUCAAGAACUACUGGAACACUCACAUAAGAAAAAGGCUUCUCCGGAGCGGUAUCGAUCCGGUGACUCAUAGUCCCCGGUUGGACCUUUUAGACCUCACCUCGCUUCUUAACUUGACGCAGCUAAAUCUCUCCGGCUUGUUGGGGCUACAAGCGCUCGCAAGCCCGGAGGUUUUGAGGCUUCUCUGCACUCUCAUGGCCACACAGAACGAAAACAACACGCCACAGAUUCUAUUACAGAAGCUUCAAGAAAGCCAGUUAAACAAUAAUAAUCAGGUUGAAAACGAAAACCCUCUGUUAUUAUUGCAGAAAUUACAAGAAAAUCAGUCCCCAAAUGCCCCAAUCCAAAACCACCAGGCCGCAGCUUUUCAGCCGUGUGAUCAGUUCCUAGACACUGUUCCAUCAAACAACGUUUGCGCUUCCUCGUCUCUUCCCAUGCAGCCCACCAACUUGAGUGCCGGCCAAGUAAUUCAAGAAAGUUUGAUCCCUUCAAACGGAGGAAAUCUUAUGAGCGGUCUACAAAAUAAUUAUUAUGGCGUGUUUGAGGCUGAACAGUCAUUAAGCGAUUGGAGCAAUCAGUGUAAUUUCGGGUUGGACUCGGUUCUUUCGACGCCGUUGUCGAGCCCGGGGUCGACAACGUUUGUGAACAGCGGGAGUUGUACUGAAGACGAGAAAGAAAGCGAUUGCAUCAGCAAUAUGAUGAAAUUUGAAAUCCCAUCAGCGAGCUUAGAUUUCGAAGAUUUGCUGUAAAUAUUAAUAUAUAAUCUGCAUGCUACUGCGUAUGUAUAUGUUUGGGAUAUGCGAGUGAUCUGUUCAUUUGUAUUAUUAUUAUUAUUGUAUUGUUUUAUUUUGUUUGUUUCUUGGUUUCUUAUUUUUCUGGGCUUUCUGUGGUUUCCAACGUUAAUUUGAAUGGCCGGCCGGAGACACUGUUACGUCUCUGUAUAUGGACCGUUCGAAUUUGUUAUUAUAGUAUGAGAUGUUUGUUUUUCUUGUUGUUAGGUGUAUAAAGACCAACUUUUAGUUUGUCAUGCUUUGUUUUAAGGAG